AUGAGAACUACUUUCGCUUCUGCACUCCUGGUGAGCGCCAUCACUUUUCCUUACCUCUCUUGCGCACAAAAGUUUGUUCAAGUCCCCAUAGCUCGAGUCAGCAAUGGUGACCCUUUUGUCUCAGCAGUCAACGUCGCCGUUGGCAACCCACCGCAGAAUAUGACCGCCAUCUUGGACACAGGUAGCAGUGACUUCUGGGUGCCGGCAAGUGGGAGCAAACUCUGCGCCGAUCCUAAAAACCAGUGCAUUGCAUCCGACAAGAAGUUUUCAACAGGGUCUUUCGCUUCCAACAGCUCUACUACCUUUGUGGCGGGAAAGCCGAAUUUUUUUGCAAUCUAUGGUGGCGACUCGAUCCGUCUUGGGAAUACUGAACUCAAGAACAAUACCAUGGGUCUGAGUACACAAGGGUUUCUACCCACCGCCCUUUUUCCAGUUAUGGGGAUUGGUUUUGCAGCUCAGGAGUUCUCUGCGACGGAUCAGAACCCAACGCCAUAUGAGAACCUCCCAUUGGCUAUGAAAUCGGCAGGCUUGACCAACACCGCUGCCUAUGGUAUUUACCUCAACGAUUUUAGGUCUACUGAAGGUUCGAUCAUCUUUGGUGGUAUGGAUACCGCCAAGUUCACUGGCAACAUGACCAUGCUACCAAUACUUGAAAAUGACAAUGGCCAAGCUACCGACUUCGUAAUAUCAGCUACUUCUCUCGCAAUCACAGGAGGAUCCAACAAUAAACGUGCCACCACGAAUAUAGCUCUACCAAACAAACAAACUCCCGUACUUCUGGAUACCGGAAACCCUUCAAUUGACAUCCCAUUACCCGCCGUCGAAGCGAUCGGCAACGCCCUCAACGCGAACCCAGGCCCGGAUGGCUCAAUGCAGGUCACCUGUGACAUAGCCAACAAAGGCAUGAACAUGGUCUUCGGCUUCUCGGGAACCACGAUCCAGGUCCCGAUCGAGAUGAUGCUCACGCCUGCAAAGAACCAAGAUGGAACGCAGGCGAAGGAUAACAAUGGUAACAACUUAUGCGUCGUUCCAGUAAACCCGACCGCCAAUGAAGAUGAUCUUCUAUCGUUCGGAGCCCCGUUUUUCUCGGCAGCCUAUGCUGUCAUGGAUUUGCAGAAUAAGAAGAUUGGGCUUGCUCAGGCUAAGGUCAAUGCUACAGAGUCGAAUAUCCAGGAGAUCACAGCUCAAAAUGGUAAUUCUCCUGUGACUGUGCGCGCAGACUUUAAGUCUAGAAGCUGGAAUUCGAGGAGACGUAUGUUUAGGGUUCCAUCAGUGUGA